UGUCAUAGGGGGUAGGGUCCAAUGAAGGAUGGGAGGGGGUCCUGUAUGGAGUUGGGUGGUCCAGGUGAGUGGGAAUGGGGGCCGAUGCUGAGAGGCUCGCGCAAGCUGUGUGCAGCGGUCUGCGAGGCGUGCUGCAGAACUGGGGCUUCUCUGCAGGGCUGAGGGGUGUCCCUAAGAGUUGGGGUCCAGGUGUAGGUAGGUGGGAUGGGAGGAGCCUGGCGAGCGACGGACGCGGGUCCCCACAGAGCUGACGUGACCCGGGAGCUGGACGAGGCGAGGAUGUCGCCAAAGCGGGCGUCCCGGGAGCCCAAGCUGUGUUUCCGGGGCAGGGGGCUCGGCUAGUGGGCGCCCCCUUGCGGCCUGGACCCCGCUGCCGUCGCCGCCGCCGUGGUUCCCACAAUGCUCGCGUAGCCCGGCUCCGGCUCCGGCGGCGGCAGCAGCGACAACUCCGACUCCAAGAUGGCGCAGGCGAUCUUCGAGGCCCUGGAGGGAAUGGACAAUCAGACCGUUCUGGCUGUCCAGUCAUUGUUGGAUGGCCAAGGAGCAGUCCCUGAUCCAACAGGACAGAGUGUCAAUACACCCCCUGCCAUCCAGCUGCUGGAUGAUGAGGAUGUCUUUCUCUGCGGGAAGUGUAAGAAACAAUUCAACUCGCUGCCAGCCUUUAUGACUCAUAAGCGGGAGCAGUGCCAAGGGAAUGCCCCUGCCCUGGCCACUGUCUCGCUGGCUACCAACAGCAUCUACACCCCUUCAGCCGCACCUGCUGCAGUCCAGCAGGCCCCACCUCCUGCCAACCGCCAGAUCUCCACUUACAUCACAGUUCCCCCGUCCCCACUGAUCCAGACCCUGGUGCAGGGGAACAUCUUGGUGAGCGAUGAUGUGCUCAUGUCUGCCAUGUCAGCCUUCACAUCCCUGGACCAGCCCAUGCCCCAAGGGCCCCCGCCUGUGCAGAACAGCCUGAACAUGCAUUCUGUGCCCAGCUACCUCACCCAGCCUCCACCACCUCCUCCACCUCCUCCACCUCUGCCCCCACCCCCACCACCCCAACCUCCACCUGCCCCACCUCAGGCCCUGGGCCCUCCUGGGCGCCCCAACCCUGUUGGCAAUAGCGUGGUAGAGGUGUACAGUGCUGCUGCACCCCUGGCUGGGAGUGGAACAGUGGAGAUCCAGGCACUGGGGAUGCAGCCCUACCCGCCCCUAGAGGUGCCAAACCAGUGUGUGGAUGCUCCAGUGUACCCCACGCCCCCGGUGUAUAGCCCUGGCAAACAGGGAUUCAAACCAAAAGGACCCAGCCCCACUGCUCCCAUGAGCAGUGCCACUGGUGGCAAUGUGGCUGCCUUUGACUCCCCAUCAACGCUGAAGACCCGAUGGUCUAAAGGUGCCAGUGGACUCCCAGAAGCUGUAGGGAAGCCAAAGGCUCAGAAACUCAAGUGCUCCUACUGUGACAAGUCGUUCACCAAAAACUUUGACCUGCAGCAGCACAUCCGAAGCCACACCGGGGAGAAGCCCUUCCAGUGCAUUGCAUGUGGCCGCGCCUUUGCCCAGAAGUCUAAUGUCAAGAAGCACAUGCAGACCCACAAAGUGUGGCCUCCAGGGCGCAGCAGUGGCACUGUUUCUCGAAACUCUGUGACAGUGCAGGUCAUGGCUUUGAACCCCAGCAGGCAAGAAGAUGAGGAGGACACAGGGUUGGGCCAGAACACACCACAGCCCCAGGCCUUGCCUACAACAGAUGAGGACGAGGGUGACAAGCUAGAGCCCAAACAGGUGGUCCUCAUCGACAGCUCCUACCUGUGCCAGUUCUGCCCUAACAAGUUCAGCACAUACUUCCAGCUCAAGUCUCACAUGACCCAGCACAAGAAUGAGCAGGUAUACAAGUGCGUGGUCAAAAGCUGUGCCCAGACCUUCCCCAAGCUCGAUACGUUUCUAGAGCACAUCAAAAGCCACCAGGAGGAGCUGAGCUACCGCUGCCACCUGUGCGGCAAGGACUUCCCCUCACUGUACGAUCUUGGUGUGCACCAGUACUCCCACAGCCUGCUGCCGCAGCAUAGCCCCAAGAAGGGCAGCACCGUCUACAAGUGUGUCAAAUGUGUCAACAAAUACUCCACCCCUGAGGCCCUGGAGCACCACGUACAGACUGCCACUCACAGCUUCCCCUGCCCACACUGCCAGAAGGUGUUUCCUUGUGAACGUUACCUACGGCGUCACCUGCCCACCCAUGGCAGUGGUGGCCGGUUCAAGUGCCAGGUCUGCAAGAAGUUCUUCCGAAGGGAGCACUACCUCAAGCUGCAUGCCCACAUCCACUCAGGUGAGAAGCCCUACAAAUGCUCCGUGUGUGAGUCUGCAUUCAACCGCAAGGACAAGCUGAAGAGACACAUGCUGAUCCACGAGCCCUUCAAGAAGUACAAGUGUCCCUUCUCGACACACACAGGCUGCAGCAAGGAAUUCAACCGGCCAGACAAGCUGAAAGCCCACAUUCUCUCCCACUCUGGCAUGAAGCUCCACAAGUGCGGGCUGUGCAGCAAAUCCUUCAGCCGCCGCGCCCACCUGACCGAGCACCAGCGCGCGCACACCGGCAACUACAAGUUCCGCUGCGCCGGCUGCGCCAAGGGCUUCUCCCGGCACAAAUACCUCAAGGAUCACCGCUGCCGCCUCGGGCCCCCGAAGGACAAGGACCUGCAAGCCCGGAGGCCUCCCCGGAAGAGGGCGGCCCCGCUCGGUGGCAGCAGCGGCGGGCACAAGGCGGCGAGUCCCGCGCCGGACCCGCUGGGGCUGGAGGAGCUGAAGAGUGCAGGGUCCGCUCCCGAGGCCGCGCCGGGCAAGCCGCCCUUCGCCGAGCAGGACGCGGUGCUGUCCAUCGUGGUGGGCGGCACGGUGGGCGGGGACCCCGAGCUGGUGGUGCCCGGGCACACCGAGGGACUGGGCUCCAACUUGGCGCUGGCUGAGCUGCAGGCGGGGGCAGAGGGCGCGUGCGCCAUGCUUGCGGUGCCAGUCUACAUCCAGGCCUCCGAGUGAUGGCGGGCUGGGCCUCAGGGGCGGGCCACUGUCCUUUUGGAAAUCAGUUAUCGACCCUAUAUCGUGGCUGUCCUGUGCCCAGCAUCCUGCUGGGGAGCCCUACAGUGUUCUUGGGGCCUGACGCAGACACUGUGGCUCCAGGGUAGAACAACCGCAAGACAGGUGGCCAGAGGAGCCGCCCAGGGACUGGCUGAUCCCCAGAGCCUGGCUGAUCCAGGCUGGUACUUGGAUUUCCUCCAAGAGAAGGCAGGGUGGUACCAUCCUGGCUGCCUGGAGUGGCCUCCGAGCAAGCUACUGUUUAGGGAGCUGGAUGUGGAGUCCUUGUAUUUUGGAUCAUUACCGAACAGUUCUUGAUGGCAUCAUCAGAGACUCUGUGACUGGGCAUGUAGGAGACCUUCAACAUCAUUCAUUCAAAUCCAAGAAUUGCCACGUUUGCAGUGUGACCUCCAGCAAGUCGUGUCACCUCCUUUUGCUCUGUUCCUCAACCGUACAGUAGGGCUUGAAAUUGAAAUUCCACCUAUAGGUUUCCUAAGGACAGAGUAUGUUGAAAUGUGUAAAAGGCUGGGCACAGGACCCAAGACUUGGAACGUGCUCAAUCUCAAUAAAUGUUUUUUAU